AUGGCGGCAGCGGCGGUGGGUGUCAGGCUCCGGGACUGCUGCAGCCGGGGCGCCGUCCUCCUGCUCUUCUUUUCCCUGUCCCCUCGGCCUCCGGCCGCGGCCGCCUGGCUACUGGGACUACGGCCCGAGGACACCGCGGGAGGCCGCGUGUCUCUGGAGGGGGGCACCCUACGCGCGGCUGAAGGCACCAGUUUUCUCCUGCGCGUCUAUUUCCAGCCGGGGCCCGCGGCGCCCGCCGCGCGGAUCCCUGCACCCACCCUCUCCCCGGGGGAAAACGGCACCGGCGACUGGGCUCCGCGGAUCGUGUUUAUCGAGGAGCCCCCGGGCGGCAGCGGCGUGGCGCCCAACACAGUUCCCACGCGUCCCCCAGGGCCGCAGCGCUGCCGCGAGCAGAGCGACUGGGCGUCCGACGUGGAGGUCCUGGGGCCCCUGCGCCCCGGGGGUGUGGCGGGCUCGGCCCUGGUCCAGGUGCGGGUGCGGGAGCUGCGCAAGGGCGAAGCGGAGCAGAGUGCCGUGGACGGUGGCGGGAAGCUCUUCUCGCUGUGCGCCUGGGACGGGCGCGCUUGGCACCACCACGGCGCUGCCGGCGGCUUCCUGCUGCGCGUCCGGCCGCGACUCUACGGCCGGGACGGUGAUCUGCUGCUCCCCGCGUGGCUGCGGGCACUCGGGGCGCUCCUGCUGCUCGCCGUGUCUGCCCUGUUCAGCGGCCUGCGCCUAAGCCUGCUCUCGCUGGACCCGGUGGAGUUACGGGUGCUGCGGAACAGCGGCUCGGCCGCCGAGCAGGAGCAGGCGCGCCGCGUGCAGGCCGUGCGCAGCAGGGGCACCCAUCUGCUCUGCACCCUGCUUCUGGGCCAAGCCGGAGCCAACGCAGCCCUGGCCGGCUGGCUGUACGCCUCGCUGCCGCCGGGCGUCGGAAGCACUGGGGACGACUACAGCGAGGCAGGCAUUCACUUCCCGUGGCUGCCGGCGCUCGUGUGCACCGGCGCCGUGUUUCUGGGCGCCGAGAUCUGCCCCUAUUCGGUGUGUUCGCGGCAUGGGCUCGCCAUCGCCUCGCACAGCGUGUGCCUGACGCGGCUUCUGAUGGCGGCCGCCUUCCCCGUGUGCUACCCGCUGGGCCGCCUGCUGGACUGGGCGCUGCGCCAGGAGAUCAGCACCUUCUACACGCGGGAGAAGCUGCUGGAGACGCUGCGGGCUGCAGACCCCUACAGUGACCUGGUGAAGGAGGAGCUCAACAUCAUCCAGGGCGCCCUGGAGCUGCGCACUAAGGUGGUGGAGGAGGUGCUGACCCCCCUCGGCGACUGCUUCAUGCUGCGCUCUGACGCUGUGCUCGACUUCGCCACGGUCUCAGAGAUCCUGCGCAGCGGCUACACUCGCAUCCCGGUGUACGAGGGCGACCAGCGGCACAACAUUGUGGACAUUCUGUUUGUCAAGGAUUUGGCCUUCGUGGACCCGGACGACUGCACCCCUCUCCUCACCGUCACCCGCUUCUACAACCGGCCCCUGCACUGCGUCUUUAAUGAUACUCGGCUGGACACAGUGCUAGAGGAGUUUAAGAAGGGAAAGUCUCAUCUGGCCAUUGUCCAGCGAGUGAAUAAUGAGGGAGAAGGGGACCCCUUCUAUGAGGUGAUGGGCAUCGUCACGUUGGAGGACAUCAUAGAGGAGAUCAUCAAGUCAGAAAUCCUGGAUGAAACUGACCUCUACACUGACAACCGGAAAAAGCAGAGGGUCCCGCACCGGGAGAGGAAGCGGCAGGACUUCUCCUUGUUCAAGCUUUCCGACUCAGAGAUGAGGGUGAAGAUCUCGCCACAGCUCCUGCUGGCCACACACCGCUUUAUGGCUACAGAAGUGGAGCCCUUUAAGUCUCUGUACCUUUCGGAGAAGAUCCUCCUCCGGCUCCUGAAACAUCCCAACGUGAUCCAGGAGCUGAAGUUUGAUGAGAAGAACAAGAAGGCCCCGGAACACUACCUCUACCAGCGCAACCGCCCCGUGGACUACUUCGUGCUGCUUCUACAGGGUAAAGUGGAGGUGGAGGUUGGUAAGGAGGGCCUUCGCUUCGAGAAUGGAGCCUUCACCUACUACGGUGUCCCAGCCAUUAUGACCACUGCUUGCUCAGAUAAUGACGUGCGGAAGGUUGGAAGUCUGGCGGGAUCCUCUGUCUUUCUGCCCGUCUCCGUGUCUCGCACCUUCGCCUUCAACAGAGGAGACUCUCUGGCAGGCUCCCCAGUAAACCGGUCCCCUUCUCGCUGCAGCGGGUUGAAUCGCUCCGAGUCUCCGAACCGUGAGCGCACCGAUUUUGAGGGGAGCAACACCCAGCUGUACAGCAGCAACAACAACCUCUACACGCCCGACUACUCGGUCCACGUCCUCAGUGACGUGCAGUUUGUGAAGAUCACACGGCAGCAGUACCAGAAUGCGCUCACCGCCAGCCACAUGGACAGCUCACCCCAAUCUCCCGACAUGGAGGCCUUCGCUGUCGGAGAUUCCACCAAGGCCCCGACUACCCGGGGCACACCCCAGACCCCCAAGGAUGACCCUGCCGUCACCCUCCUGAACAAAAGGAACAGCCUGCCGUGCAGCUGCUCAGAUGGGCUGAGAAGCCCAGGCGAGGUAGUGUACCUGAGGAUGGAGGAGAUGGCCUUCACUCAGGAGGACAUGGCCGACUUCGAGGAGCACGGCACACAGCAACUCUUGCUGUCUCCUGCAGCUGUUCUCACAAAAGCAGCAUCAGAUAGUGAUUGUUGUAAUAUCAACCUGGACACAGAGACCAGUCCCUGCAGUAGCGACUCUGAGGAAACUGUGGGCAAGAAGCUGCUGAAAACCUUGAGUGGUCGGAAAAGGAAGCGGUCACCAGAUGGGGAAAGAACUUCUGAGGAGAACUCCAAUUUAACACCUCUGAUCACAUGACAGGGCAAAGAGCAUUCUCUG